UCAGCCAAUAGGGAUCCAACAUGCGCAUGCGCACAUUGAUUCCGAAAAUGGCAAGAUGGCACGCCGAGUCAUUCAGCAGCUGCUGAUCACUUUAGGUGAAGGAUGUCAUAGCGCUUUUUCAUGGCUCUAAAAGUGGUGCGAAGGCUGCAUGUGCUGCGGCAAGCAGCUUUUCCUCAUCCGCUCUGUCCCACCAAUCUGAAUGUGUCUGUUAGACAACACAUAUGCCUUCCAGGCGUUCCCACCUUGUUCCAGGACGGCCGUCAUGCUCUCCCCGGUAAAGAGGGAAAGCUGUGCAUCACGACUCGCGAGCCUCUCUUUCUCGUGACCGGAUCCAUCCGGCUUCCCGGUGACCCCUCGACAGGAGGGGCGCUCACCUCUCUGUUGCACGGCCUCAGCGCUGGUGAGGAACGUGCCUUUAAAGAGCGCCUCGUCUCCUGCAAGAGUUCUCAAGAGGUUCUGCACCUUGUACACUCCACGCCACAUCUCUCAAGUGCAGGAGCUGUUGCUGUUCUCCAUCGACUGGCUGAUUUGGAGCAGGAUGGAGCCAAAGGACUUAAGGAGCCUGAGGUGCUGCUCUCUGAUCCGGUUUUAAAUAAGUUGUGCAUGAGGUUACAGCAAAAAGCUGGCGAACUAGAAGACAAGGUGGUGGUGAGAGCGCUGCUGGGCUCCACACGCCUGUAUUUAGACCCACAGAGUUUCCUAGUGAUGAGGUUGAUGUCUGAGAGCCAGGCGCGGCUUAACACAGGACGCUUGAGCAUCGGGACGCUGUGCGAGUUAGUGCAAGCGCUUUUCGCAGUAAAUGGGCCGGAUUGUGGCAUCCUAGACCAGGCUAUGGGGCAGAUCCAGGACAAAGAUCCAACUCAUUGGAAUUCCAGUGAGCUGACCUUGGUCUAUAAAAUGCUAGCUGCAGGGUUGGGUGAGGGUGGACGUUAUCAGGAUCUGCUGAAUGAAAUGAACACCAGAGCACUCAGACUUGCCACUAGAAUGGACCCCAUAACAGUCAGUGAAACAUUAGGAGCUUUAAUGAUGCUGGGCCAAAAACAGGCACUCCCACUGGUCAUAGCAUUAUGCAAACAGGCCGUGCGUCACGUGGAGAGCUUUACGGAUACAGAACUGUCGAAUGUAUUGAAUGCACUUAUGUACUAUGGACACAGUGAUCGCUUUCUCGUCAUGGCUCUGGAACGCCAUGUACCCAAAAUAGCCUUCACGCAUCCCGAGACAGUAACCAGGGUAAUGCAAUAUUUCGGGUGGCGGCGCAUUUUUUCUCCUCCGGUUUUUGACGCGGUGGCUGAAAGCUUUGUGUACAGGGCAGAUGACUACACCACGGACCAGGUAUCUCGGCAGAUAGUGGCGCUGGGAACGGUGGGAUACGUACCUCAGGAGGCUGGGCGACUUUUCCGGAAGGUGGAGUCCGUCCUCAAUGCACGUUUUUCACACUUCCAGCCUCGAACGCUGGUCGAGUUGCUGCAUGCAUGUACCCUGCUGCAGAGAUUUCCACUCAACUUUGUGUCAAAGGUCUUCAGCCCAUUUUUCCUACAACAGCUUCAGGAGGGCAGUGUAAUGGAUCAGGGAGUGUUGGCUCAGCUUACACAACUCUACAUGACUAUGAAACUGGAAUGUCCAUUCUAUCGGGGUCCACAAUUUUUACCCAAGCUGCGAGUGAAGUCAUUUCUGUAUCCUGGGUGUUCAUUGGAAAGUCUGGCAGACCCUCACCUUUAUAACUGGGUGAAGAAUGGCCUCGUGGAUUUGCUGGGAGAUCAAACUUACUUUGCCUCUAAAGUCCUUACACCAUAUUGUUACACACUUGAUGUGGAGAUAAAAGUAGAUGAAGAUGGCUUUGUCUUACCGGCCAGCCAUGUUGAUGAAGUAUAUAAAAGAAUUGCUGUUUGUAUUGAUGGGCCGAAGCGCUUUGCUGCUAAUGCCAGACAUCUUUUGGGGAAGGAGGCUAUUAAGCAGCGACACCUAAAGAUUCUUGGAUAUGAAGUGGUUCAGCUUCCCUAUUACGAGUUUGAAAACCUAAAGGACAAGGUAAACAUCGUGGAAUACCUGCACAAGAAGAUUUUCCCUCACACCUACCGCCUGAGCUGGUGAUCACUAGCUUUCCAUAUGCAGCAGGUUUCAUGGCAGACUCGUUCCCUCAAACAUAUGAAGACUACUCUGAUACUAAAGUCACAAAUUGCCUCAGUUUCAUUACAUAAACAGAUUUCCGUUGCACACGUCGCAAUGCUGAUGACUUGUUUUUCUUUUUUAAUGAUCAUGUCCUAGUAUCUAAUGUAUUUUUUUUUUCUUUCAGACUUGUACUAUAAUAGUACUAUAUAAAUUAUUUGUUUAAAUAAACCAAAAGGGCCAUGGUGCUUUUUUAA